UCUUCGUCGUGGCAACCCCUCCGGCGUCCAGCGCGCCAAUAUAAAAUAUGCACUGUCAUCGAGUAAUUUCUGUAAUUUGGGCAGUAUUUGUUGUUCCUUUAUUCGAUACGGAUGAGUUGUAUCAAUAACAAUAAAUUGGGAGUUCUUGAAAUACUCACUGCAGAUAGUUCUGAUCGAUUAUUGACGUUUGAGUUUGUGUAAUAGUGACAUAGUGACAUCUUGGUUAUCUACUUUUAAAAUUGGAUUUUUUCUCAUACAUCUUCGACUGGUGUGGUGGAAAUUUUUUCAUCGUAAGUAACGGCUGAUUUUUGCAAUGUUUGAUUGUUAAUUCUCUGAUUCAUUCGUUAGAUAUAGAUAUGGAAAGAAUCAAAGAGUGUCUGUUCUGUUCCGAGUCGAUGUGUAAUAUACCAAAUAAUGAAAUAGUUUUGAAACCGACUUUGCAAGGAUUUGCGACUAUAUUUUCCGCUGCAGAGAAGAGAAAAUAUGAUGAAGUAUCUAGAAAAAUCUUGUCUUUGAAAGAUAAAAUCAAUGAAAAUCCUGGACAUUUUCAGUUUCACAGAAUUUGCCGACAAUCUUUCAUCAGCAAAACAAAUAUAACUUCAGCAGUCAAAAAAAUAUCCGAUGAGGAACCAACUAAUAGAAUAUCCAAGGUUUCGUUCAAUAUUUCUAAAGACUGCAUGAUUUGCGGUAAAUGUGGUACAAUUAAGAAAAAAGGCUUGGUUCAGGUGUGCACUGGAACUGGACAAAGAACCCGGGAAAAAAUUUUGAAUGCAGCUUCACAACGUAAUGAUUCAGUAAUGAUUGGAAGAAUGGAAUUCUAUCCUGACCUAUUCGCUUCCGAUGCAAAAUACCAUCGAUCUUGUUAUUCAAAAUAUUUAAGUGGAAGGAAUAUCAAAAGUAGCACUACUAGGAAAUCUGAUGAAUCAUGUCAAAGUGAUUCGCAAAAUAUAAGCGAAGCGCUGACAAUUUUGUACGCAGAAAUUGAAGAUACUAUCAUAGAAAAGCGAAAAGUGAUAUCAAUGGGAAAUCUUCGAAAUAAAUUUCUCAAUAUAAUUGAGGAUAAAAACAUUAGGAUAGAUAUCACUGUGAAUCAAGUAUUUUCACGAAAUAAUUUAGAGAAGUAUUUCGGAGAAAGAUUAUCACUCGGAUUAUCAUUUGCAAGUAGCUCUGGCAAGCCUACUAUUGUCUUCUCGCCAGAUAUCAUACAUGAUCUUUAUCACCAACAAAAUGAUUAUUCUAGUUCUGAAGAAGAAAGAAAUGUGAUUCCAGAGAGUGACAAAACCAUCUUACAUAAAGCUGCAGGUAUUUUGAGGCAAAAUAUAAUUGAUCAUACAAGUUCUGAAAAGGUAGCGAAAUACAUCAGUCCUCAAGCAUUGACUGAAACAGCUUGUAGAGCGGAAAUACCUGAUAAACUUUAUAUGUUCAUUUGUUGGCUACUUCACCAUGAUAGUUUUAUUGAGAUUUCCCAGGAAAACUUCGAUAUUCAUGUAGUGGCAAUAUGCUCCAGUAUCCUUAAUAAUUUUGAUAAAACGAAUAUUCUUACAAGCUUCGGAAUGUGCUUAUCAAUUUUUGUUUACCAGUGUAUUAGAAGUAAACAAAUACUGAACAUUUUAUACAACCUUGGAUACGGCAUAUCCUAUGAUGAAAUGAGAAGAUUUCUUACUUCAUUGGCUAAUGAACAGAGUCAAUGCAUAGAUAAUGAUAAUAUAUUCGUUCCUCAAGGAUUGAUGCCUGUGAACACCGAAGGUGACAAUUUGAUACAUGCCAGUAUCGACAACUUCGAUCAAAAUGAGGAAACUUUGGAUGGCAAGAAUACUACACAUUCUUUAGCAAUAGUAUUGUUUCAAAAAAAAGGUGAACUCUUCAAUGAUACAAGUUUUCAACGAAAAACUGAACGCUCCUUGAAACAACUUGAUUGUGAUACUUCAAAUAAAUUAUUAUAUUAUAAUAAACCUUCCAAACGUCCUGAACCUCCUAGAUAUCAGGAAAAUAUGAUACAAUGUAGCUUACGCUCAGAAUCGAAAGAGUCCAGACAUGUAAACACUGAUACAUUGUGGAAAUUAUUAAGGUUCAUGAAAAGUUCUAACACUUUUUUAACGUGGAGUCAAUUCAAUGAUAUCAUUUCUGAGAACAAUUUACCGGUUUCGAAUACGUUUUAUUAUAUUUUUAUAAAUGCUACACCUACAUCAUUUGAUACCAUCUUCACAGGCCUCACCCAAUUCACAAGAAUAGCUGAGAAAAUGGGCCAGGAUCAUAUAAUAGUUACUGCUGAUCUCGCCAUAUAUAGCAAAGCGCAAGAAAUUUUGUGGAACAACCCUCCGGAAUUAGCUAACAAAAUCACAAUGCAACUAGGAGGAAUGCAUUUAACAAUGGCAUUCAUCGCUAGCAUUGGACAUAUUUUUGGAGAUGGUGGUUUGAUAAAUAUUCUGGUGGAAUCUGGAGUGUAUGCCGAAGGAACCUGCCGACAAAUGCUUCAAGGUAAACAGUUGAAUCGUGCUCUGAGAGAUGACUCCACAAGGGAGAGACUAUUGAAUUUAGAAACAAUCAUUAAUAUAUCAUCUCUAUCAAGUGAAAUUAAAACACUAGUAAAUAGUUUCUUGAAUGACUCGGAUUGGCCAGGUGUAAUGGAAGAGUUCAUCGAAUUCGGUUGUCAACAGUCAGCUACAUUCAAAUAUUGGUGGUCUUUCAUCGAUGCUGCAAAUAUUCUACUGAAAUUACAAAGGGCUGAAAGGAAUGCUGACUUUUCAUUACAUCUUGAAGCGGUUAAAGAAACUCUAACGUAUUUGAAAGCAGGUGGUCGGAAUAAUUACGCUAAAUAUACACCCAUAUAUUUAUUAGAUAUGGAAAAUUUGAAAAUAAAACAUCCUCAGAUAUACCAGUUUCUUGAAGAUGGAAAUUUCGCUGUACGAAGAACUGAUGAUGGGAGGAAUUUCAAUGCUGUUGCUUCAGAUAUGGCUUUAGAGCAAACGGUUAACAAAGACUGUAAAAGUUCUGGAGGCGUUAUUGGAUUUACUCAAAGUGAACAGACUUUGAGUAGAUGGCUGAUCACUAGACAUUUGAUGGGAGAAUAUGCAAAUAAAACCAAAGAACUCAUAACUCAUAAAAUGAAAUCAUGCAGAAGUUACGGAUCAACAGAAAGAAUUAGGGAAGAAGAAGACGUCAAAAAAAUGGAAACUCUAAUCGAGGAAACUUGGAUUAACCCUUUCGACCCAUCACAUUUUUCCACAGAUCUAAUUCAUAUUGCCACAGGAAAAAUUGCCUCUGCAGAAGUGAGAAAUUCGUUGUCUAAUUUCAAGGAAAAGGCAAAUUCGUCGAACGAAAAAUUUGCGAAGGAUAGAUUGACAUUCGAUAAUGUAGUGAGUUUUUGGCAACCCGUUCCUCGAGAUAAUUUGAAAGCAUUUGGAAAUGAUACUGUGGGUUAUAAAAAAACUGGGAAACAAAAUUAUGUAAACUCCGAUUUUAUGUUCCGUAGAGUACUCUGUGCAGCUCAGUAUAAGGACAUGGAUUUCGCAGAUAUCAUGAAAUAUGAAUUAACUGCUGUUCCUGUCUCUAUUUUCCAUGAAGAUGGAACAAUGAGAAAAACUGCUAAAUCCGAUCUUGCAACUAAAUUCGAAACAUAUGGUCCGACUAUGUUCGAAUCACCUUCAGAAAUUGAUUCCUAUUUCAUUGAUGGUAUGAUACUUCUACAAGAAAUGAAUCCAAAGUCAUUCAGAACAUUCCAGGAAUUAGGUGAAGUACUGAUGAACAAAAUGAUUCGAAUAUUCAAAGAACAUCGGACAUGUCGAACUAUUUCUAUUAUAUUCGAUCGAUAUGAUUUAGAGAAUUCAAUAAAGAGCAGCGAACGUAUUAGAAGAGGACAGCAUAAAAUUGGUACCUAUUCCAUAAAUGGAUCAAGAAAUGUACCUAAUUAUAAUAUAUUUCUAAAGUCAACUUCGAAUAAAAUGUCCCUUAUAAAGUUCGUUACCAAAUAUUUCAUCGAAUCUCACUUACGACUACCUACCAAUAAUGAGAUUAUUAUUGCUGGAGGAUUGGAGGAUGCACAAAUAUGUGUAAAGAUACAUCAUUCUGGAACAACAGAAGAACCCCAUUUGAGAUGCAAUCAUGAAGAAGCUGAUACCCGUUUGAUUUUACACAUGUCCACUCAGCGUAACAGUAAAAUAAUAAUAAAGUCAGAUGACACGGAUGUCUUCGUUCUUCUUUUGUAUUAUUAUUGGAAUGAUGAUAAUGUUAGAUCCAAUACCAUAUACAUGGAGAAGGGCCAUGGUACAGCUUACACAAAUAGAAGGAGAUUUGUUGCAAUCCACGAUGUAGCAAGGACUCUGAAAAAACGUACUUGCGAUGGUUUGGAAUGGAAAAUUGCUAGAAAGUUUGUCCUUUACUUAUACAAACAAGAGAAUUGCCAAGAUCUCAACCAGGCCAGGCUAAUUCUAUCGAAAAAUUCAAAAAAAUCUGCCAAAGAGAUUCCACCUACUGAAGAUGCCUUCAAUCUUCAUGUCAAAAGGUGCUAUUACCAAAUAUCAAUGUGGAUAAACAGUCACGUAGGUUUGUAUGAUCAGCAAGACCCGAAAGAAUUUGGUUGGCAGAAAGAAGAGGGCCACAAUUACUUACUCCCAAAACUAAUGUGUUUGCCUCAAAUACCAGAUAAUGUGAGGAAAAUUAUAGAUAUUCACUGCAAUGAUGCAAAAUGCAUUCAAAGCAAAUGUAUAUGCAAGAAAGAAGGAAUGUUCUGCACUGAUGAAUGCAAGUGCAGAAAAUCUUGUUCUAAUAUUGAAGAAGAACAUGUAGAAAUUGAUGAAGCUGAAACCUUCUUCGAAAUGUGAAUCUAUAAAAUUGUAUAAUGCAUUCCCUUUACAAUGAUUACUAUUUGAAUAUAAAUACAUAUUUUGGUAUGUUAUAUUAUUUCAACCUAAAGCAGAAUCAGCUACUGAAGACCACAUAUCCUGUAUUUCAAUGGCAUCAGACACGAUUAACAUGGGUAUCUAAGCGCUGAGGGAUGCCGGCGGGACAACGAAGAACAGUGAGUACCGUUGCGUUCAAUUGCCUGUGGCUGAUUUACCUUUCUACCUAGAUCUAUACAUAUGCGAGACGAAAUAUACAGAAAAAAAUUCCGCAGUUUUUGGUGCAAAAAAUAUUUGAAUUGAAUCAACGAUGUAUGACUUUCAGCGAGAUAAAUAAAAUACAUUUUAUUGAAAUUUCGAAAAGGGAAGGGAAUUAUGUGAUUUUUUGGUUUUUUUCUCAGAAAUUAUGAAUUACCGAAUGAACAUUAUGAAGACAAUACAUGAGCCUAUCGAUCAGUGAAAAAAUCAUUCAGAUACCUCUAUCAGACCAGUAGUUACAACGAUUAUAUUUAAAAAUUUGAAAAUUGCAAUUAUUUCUCGAUUUUUCCUCAUAACUUUUGUCACGACCAACGUGGCGUGUUGUAGAUUUCCAUUCCUCAUGUGAAAUUACAUGACAAAUCGAUCUGCAUAGGUCCCAUUGAGUUAUACCGAAAUUUUGGGUUGGUGCAAGAUAAACCGUGGCUGCCGCCGGACUAUA